AAGAAACGUUUGUCAUAAUGGAGGAAAUCCCACUAUGCGAUCCUACCUACUUCACCCUUGACCGUGACUGGUCAUUAUUAAGUUUCUUAUUAUACCUACAACAAUGCGAUGAUUUCACAGCUAAUAAAUGUGGUGAACACAAACGAUAUAUUCGCAACCUCUCAGCCAUCGUUGAAAGUGAAGGUCUAUCUGAGACUACAUACGAUCUAGCUUACGUGGCACUUAAUGCAGUACAAUGGACAGGUCCAAAGAAUAAUAACUUUUUUGGAUGGGGUCACGUCCUGCGUUCAACCACCAACACUCCUGAUCUCGCUCAGGAGUGCAAGAGUCUCGUCUCGAGUGGUUCUGUCCUGCCAAAGUGCAUUUAUGGUUGUUCUUUGGAUGGGGCCACGUCCUGCGUUCAAUCACCCAACACUCUUGAUCUCGCUCAGGAGUGCAUGAGUCUCGUCUCGGGUGGUUCCCAAGAAAAGAAAUCGGAAUUAAUUGACGAUUUCUGGACGAACGCCAUUUCAACACAAAAAGCGGAAAAUCGAGGCUUUGAGGAGCUUACUACUACAACUGUACGUUCUACUCUUCAACGAGAUAACCAAGAAAAUCUUAAGGAAGACUCGGCUGAAGAAUGCGCUACUCAAGAAGAUUUGCUGAAUUCAAUAAUCGAAACUUCCAAUAUCUUUGAAAAAGUUCCAUCUUAUUAUGACAAGCUCAAAACUAUAUGGCAUUCCCGUGAUUCUGGAGCGGAUUAUUACAUAAUUGACUUAGGAAAUAAUGAAAUGAUGAAGCAAACACAUGAACUUUUGUGCGAAGAUGAAUUAAAAAUGUUAUCCGAAAGACUGACUUUAAAUGACGAGAACAAUCAUAUAAGUACAAAGGCACACGAAUAUUUAGCAUUAUUCGAUCAAAUUAUAGGAUAUCCUUCGGGGGAAAAAACCACUAAAGCAAAUAAUUUGAUUGAUUUAAAUGAUGAUAACGAUGCUAAGAGCAGUGUCAUUUCUGAAAUGGAAAAAAUACUACAUAGUCUGAAUGAAAUAACAACAAAAUUUCGAUACCUAUCAAAUUCCCUUCCCCUUCCAGUACUACACUACGAUCAAUCUCAAUACCCUGAUAUACACAUUAUCAAGAGUAUUUCAAGCCACAUAGAUAGUUUCACAAAGCUAGAAGGAAUUUUAGAAAACACUACAGAACGAUCUUGGACAGCGCAUAUCCUAGCAUACUUUUUUUUUAUUACCUUUAGUUUCCUGGAUUCCAUACAAUACUUUUCAUGUGAAAGAACUAUUUCUACAAAGUUAGAUUUGCAAGUAGUUGAUUAUAAGGCAGAUGGAGUUGCGGAAUUUCUAAAACGGCCCAAUCAGAUCCCAGUAUUUUUACUUGAAGUUUCGGGAGACCCUUCUAAACCGGACCUUGAUAAAUUCAGCGACGACAGACAAAAAUUAAUGAAGGAAGGUGUUUUCGCUUUAAAUAAGUUCAUGAUGAGAACUAACCUGCCAACUUGGGAAUAUAUUACAGGUGACAAACUCGAAAUUGGCCAAAUGGUCUACAUCGGUCCUGGCCUAUAUUUAUAUUCCCCGUUCACGGUUCCGAACCUCCUAGUUCCAACCUCACUUGACAACUUAGAACAUACACCUAGAUUGAUCCGGACGCUUCUAUGCUUGAGAUAUAAUGUCGUUAAGAAGAUUGAAAUGUUCAAAAAAUUUGAGAGAGAGGGACAACAACAUAUAAUCAAACCCACAACUAAGUACGUAACUGGGUUCACACCAAACCGACCUAGAGUUGUGACGUUUGCCGAGUUUUUACCUAAUGUAUCAAAAGAGGAGACGAAUAGACAAGGGAAUACGACAAGAGGAAGGGAAAAGGUCGAGGUCGAGGUCGAGGGAAGGUUAGUUCAGGUUCUAUUAAAAUUUCAUGAUCAAGUAGAUCACCAAAAUUAA